AUGGUAUUCGUACAGAUAGAACAAGCUAUUAUUAAUUCAUUGAGUAAAUUGUAUGAACAAAACGAAGAAAAAAAUCAGAGUAAAUCUCAACAAAUAUUACAUUUAAAAUGCGACAAUAAAUCAAGAAUUCUAUCGACUAUACAUAAUGAUGAGAUAACUAAUCUAGAUUAUUUCUUUUAUUUAUGGAAUCUUUUCAAUGUAACACCAGUUGAUUCUGAUAUUAUCUCUGUUGGACCUGUUGUAAUGGAUAAACGCUGUUUAUUUCAAUAUUUUAGUCAGGAGAAAUGUUGUAAUGUUUGGUUUACGGAACAUCCACCUUAUAUUGACAAUCGAAAUAUCAGCUCGUUGAUACUAUUCUUAGAAACAUUCAUUGAGCACAUCUUUCAAUCAAAUCUAGAAGUUCAUCAUAUGGAAGCAUUAUCCUGUCUGAUUCUUUUGUCAUGGUGGAAUAUCGCUUUUGGUCAUUCGGAACCUUACCAAAUCAUAGCUUAUGAAUUAUAUCAUGCAUGGAUUCGUUUGAUCCCCCGAAUUGUUGAGAACUCUUCAUUGAUUAUUGAUCAAUUCUCUAGUUAUCCUGAACAUUUAAACUUAUUUAUCAUAAAUCUUUUACGUAUCUACGUGGAUCAUAAUUUCCAAAAAGAAAAUGUAUGGAAACUGUCUAAAGAUGCCGCUUCUCAAAUGACUGGUAUUCAUGCAUCUGUAAAUAUGCAUGGUUUAAGUGGAAUUUAUCGUAAAUCUAUUGAACAGUUGAGUAUGAAUAAUACAAAAAGUCUUUCAGCUAUAAAUACACUAAACCAAACUGUUUCUAUCAAUAAUACUUGCUUAGCCAUUGUGGAGAUUUUAAAGAAACUUGUACGCUUAGGUUUAGCUGACUGUUUAAAACAAAGUCCUGAUUUACCUAUUAUUUCAUUUGCUGACAAACAAAUUAUUGAACGUUUCAAUAUGGUUCGAGAUUAUUUACUUGUUCGAGCUUCUCGUCUAUUAGCUUAUGAAUUAGAGUCUAAUGUAAAUGGCAACUAUAUACCAAAACAAUUCACAUGUUUGGUACAUGUCACUGCAUCGAAACAUUUAAUUUCUGAAUUGUUGAAUAUUUCACUAUGUAAAUCUGAAAAAAUUUCUCACAGUAAAAAUCCUCACAUUGAUUUAAUUUCUUGGACAUUAGAACAUAAUUUAAAUGUUACUGACUAUGCAUUCUGGUGUGUUACGUCUAUUGAUGUUAAGGAUAUUGAAGCAAUAAAUUACUUAUUGUCUCGUUUACUUCCGCAUGCUAAACUCUUAGCCAAAGAUCAUCUAUUCUGUUUUUCACUUAUACUACAUCUUGAUCGUGUUCGUAAAGCUGCACUACCAGAUAAUGAACAUAUUAAGCUUCUACGUGCUGUAUUUGAACAUCUAUCAAUAUCAAGUAAAUGUGAUCUAUUAACAUCACUUCAAUCAUCAUUGAAAAAUUCUAAUCGAUCAACUCCAUUGCCUAAUUCGACUGUACACUUUCAAACACGUAUUCGUCAAUUAUUCAAUCGUUUGGUUGUUUCUAAUGUAAAUUCUAGCGAUGAUAAUUAUGACAAUAGUCAACAAGUGUUAAAUCUUUUCAAUAAAGAUUUUCUUCUAGAUUGUGAAUUGUUGUUAUUCACUAAUCCCGUGAGAUUUUUAGUCGAAUUAAUUCGUCUACCAGUCAAUCGUAAAUGUCCACAUUCACUGACUGCAGUUCAUCAGCUUCUUGAUCAAUUAUUGUAUGCAUUUCAAGUUCCUAUUAAUUUUUCUACUGGAACAAAAUCUUUACCUGAAACUAACCAUGAUAAAUUUACGAUGACGAUUUCAUCUGAACAACAAGUUGUGCAUAGUACAAUUUUUCAAGAAGUCAUUUUAAUUGAUUGGUCAAAUCGUAAAUCCUAUUUAGACAUUUCAUUAUUUGGUCAUGAAGAUCCAUUUGAUGAAUUAAAUAAUGGAAAUUUAUUCAGUGUAAAUUUUCAAUAUGAAGAGGAAAAAAAUAAAAGUGACUUAUCAAAGAAUAAUAAAUUAUAUCAAUUUGAUAUGUUUGAAGAAGCAUGGUCAAGUUCUAAAUUAUCAGAAAAUCCUCUAUUGAAUACUAUCGUUUAUUUAUUUAAAAAACCAAAUUGUUUCAUUCAAAUAAACAACAUUAUGAAGUAUUUCUUAAAACUUUUAGAAAACAAUAUCAUGAAUAAAUCAUCUUCUCAUAUUGAUCAUUUAACGUCUACAACUCAUACUACUAUUAUUACUACUAAUACUACUAAUAUAAAUAAUAACCAACAUACCUUUAUACAACAUGUACAUAUUCGAAUAUUUAUUCAUGUAUUAUAUUCACUUAUAAAAGAUAAAUCUAUCAUUAAACUUUUAGAUAAAAUUAAUUUAAAUGAAUUAAUAGAACAAUUUAUUCAAUUGUUCAAUAUUUUAUUUUUAAACCAAUUCAAUACUACUACUACUAAUAAUAAUAGUAGUAGUAAUAAUAAUGAUUCAAAUGUACAAUUAAUGAACAAUGAUAUACAAUAUUUUAUUUCAAAUGAAGUAGACAUUAUAUUAUUUGAAUUAAUUCAUUAUUUUUGUUUUAAUCAAGAUAAUAAUCAUAAUGAUAAUCAUGAUCCAUUAAAACAAAUUAAAAAUAAUCUUAAUUUAAUUUAUAAAUUAAAACAAAAUAUUCAAAAUUCAAUAAAUAUCUAUAAUUGGUAUAAAUAUAGAUGUUUUUAUUUAUUUAAUAUAAUAUUUACUUCAUCCAUAGCAACUAUUAAUCAAUUAAAUAAUGAUAAUAAUAACAAUAAUAAUAAUAAUGGUAAUGGUAAUAAUAAUCAAUAUUUGGAAGAUAUUUAUCAAUUGAGAGAUCAAAUUUUCAAUUUAUCUAUUGAAUUAAAUGAAAUACAAAUGAAUUCAUUGGAAAAUUUCAUGGAUAUUAAUUUAUUUUAUAAAAAUACUGGCAUACAAUUCAAGGCUAUUUCCGUUGUUCCAUCAUUAACAGGACAAACAGAAGAUUGCAAUUCACUGUUACCGUCGAAUGCAGUGGUUGGAGACAAUCAUAUAAAAAGCCAAAUGAUGAUAUCACCACGUUUACUGUAUUUCAUUUUUGAGCUAGCCACUGUUUCUAAUACGUUAUGCAGUGAAGUAUUAAAAUCAAUCAUAAACAAGUCAUUGAAAUCGAAUGGUCAGUUACUGGAUCCCAUAUCAAAAAUUAGUUCUGGUCAUUUAAUAAUUGCUAUUCAAUUGUUUCUUAGGAAAAUUGUUAAAUCAAAACAGUGGAAAUGUUGGGAACGAUUAUACUUUCUAUUAUAUAAAUUACUCAAAGCUGGUGUAUUAGUUUAUCCUGUACCGAAUUUAAUUAAUGACAAUCAAGAGACAAAUGACAAUACACCUUCAAGACUAUUCUACUUAUUGGAUUGGAGUAAACUUUGUGGUUCAUUCGAUCUCUUCACAUUAACAUCAGAUCUAUUUAAUUUAUGGUGUAUGUCAUUGGAAAUCCUAUCUGAUCAAUUAUUAAAUCCUUUUCAACCCACCAAUCUCUCUCAUGAUAACAGCAACAAACUAUAUCAUCGAAAUACUGAGUUCUACAUCCUUUGCCACUCAUUAUGUGAUUUAGUCUCGUAUUUAUCAUCAGUCAUUUCUUUACAUUCAACUAAAAACAUUGACCGAAUUUGUAAUAAUGAUGAAAAUAACAAUAAUGACGGUAAUACUGUAAAUAGUGAUGCUGAUAUUAUCUCUUCAUUAAAAACUAAUCAAUUUAUACAAUAUAGUAAACAAUUAGCAAUCCAUUUACUUGAUCAAUUAUCAAAUCGUUUGUCGAAUAACCUGAUCUCUAACUUAUUAAUCAAAUCAAAUUCACAAUUGAAUGUUUCUGAUGAAUUGAAUCGACUGAAACAGACAAUUUUGUUAGUACAAGAUAUAAUAAGAACUUAAUGAUGAAUUGAUGAAAAAAUGAACGUUGACUUGUAUACAAUAUUUACUUUUUCCUAAUCAAAAAUAAUAAGAUGUAUGAAUAAGAUAGUCGUUUUUGCGUUAUUUGAAGAAUUGGUUAAAGUAAUUUCAUUUUCCACUUCUCUCUAUCAUCUAGUAUUAUCAGAAGGGGUUUUGUGGAG